CACAAGGGACACACACACAAAAAGAGGGACACCACACAUGUGAGGUAUAUGUCUUUAAUCUAUUAUGGGCCUGUCUGAAGCCUAAACUCUUUAAUUUGAUUUCUACUCGCUUCACACACACGCAAUGUAGUGUACACACACAUCUAUGUCUAUGCAUGAGCACAGACUUAUGUAUGUGCUCAACCCAACCAUCCAGAGUGAGAGGAGGAGGGGGCAGCCUGGGCUCCAACUGUCUGGGCCCCUUUUGUAGCAGCCCUUAUUGUGGCCGCCUGCUGGCUCUUUCCCAGCCGCAGCCCUGAAGGGGGAAGCGAAGCAGGCCUCCUCCAAGGAGACCCUGGUUGACAGGAGCCCCUCCUUGCUUCCACACGACCGACGACGACGACGAGGAGGAGGAGGAGAAGCCCGCCCUGGAGGAGAAGCCAAGGGGCCCACAAGGCGGCGAAGCAAGGGCAAGGCUCCGCUACAAACACAGGAGCCACCGCCAUCAUGUGGGUCUCUUGGUAAGAGGGGCUGCAGGAGCCCCCCAGCCCCAAAUAACCCCCCUUUCCUUCCCCAAACACGCGUCUGGGAGCCCCCCUUCUUUCACACGAGCAACGCCAACCCGUGAAGGAAGAGGAGGAGGAGGGGGGAGAGAGGGGGAGCAACCGCCAGAGCAACCGAGGCGCGCCAGGCGGAGGAGAGGAGAGGGAGAGGGAGCGGGAGAAGGAGAGCCGCCGCCGCGAAGGAAAGCAGAAGGAGGAGAGGAGGCUACAUUUCCUGCUGGCAAGAUGGCGGACCUGGAGGCAGUGCUGGCCGACGUGAGCUACUUGAUGGCCAUGGAGAAGAGCAAGUCCACUCCCGCAGCCCGGGCCAGCAAGAAGAUCGUGCUGCCUGAGCCCAGUAUCCGCAGUGUUAUGCAGAAAUACCUGGAGGACCGGGGUGAAGUGACCUUUGAAAAGAUAUUUUGUCAGAAGAUUGGGUUCCUGCUGUUCCGAGACUUCUGCUUGAAUCAGGUGGAAGAAGCCAAACCACUGGUGGAAUUCUAUGAAGAGAUUAAAAAGUAUGAGAAGCUGGAUUCCGAUGAGGACCGAGCUAUUAAGAGUCGCCAAAUCUUUGACACAUAUAUCAUGAAGGAGCUGUUGUCCUGCUCUCACCCCUUCUCCAAAACAGCCACGGAGUAUGUGCAGAGCCGCCUCAGUAAAAAGCAAGUGCCACCUGAUUUGUUCCAGCCAUACAUUGAAGAGAUCUGCCAGUGUCUGAAUGGGACUGUCUUCCAGAAGUUCAUUGAAAGUGACAAAUUCACACGCUUCUGCCAGUGGAAGAAUGUGGAGCUGAAUAUCCAUCUGACCAUGAAUGACUUCAGCGUCCACCGAAUCAUUGGACGUGGAGGCUUUGGCGAGGUCUACGGCUGCCGGAAAGCAGACACGGGCAAAAUGUAUGCCAUGAAGUGUCUGGAUAAGAAGCGAAUUAAAAUGAAGCAGGGGGAGACACUGGCUCUAAAUGAGCGCAUCAUGCUAUCGCUUGUCAGCACUGGGGAUUGCCCCUUCAUCGUGUGCAUGUCCUAUGCCUUCCAAACACCUGACAAGCUCAGCUUCAUCCUGGACCUUAUGAAUGGAGGUGACCUGCAUUAUCACCUCUCUCAGCAUGGGGUUUUCUCUGAGACUGAAAUGCGUUUCUACGCAGCAGAAAUCAUCCUGGGGCUGGAGCACAUGCACAACCGCUUUGUGGUGUAUCGUGACCUCAAGCCUGCUAAUAUUUUGCUGGAUGAAUUUGGCCAUGUCCGCAUCUCAGAUCUGGGUCUUGCCUGUGACUUCUCCAAGAAGAAACCCCAUGCCAGUGUGGGCACACAUGGGUACAUGGCACCAGAGGUGCUUCAGAAGGGCGUGGCUUAUGAUAGCAGUGCCGACUGGUUCUCUCUUGGCUGCAUGCUGUUCAAACUACUGAGGGGGCAUAGCCCCUUUCGGCAACACAAGACUAAGGACAAACAUGAGAUUGACCGUAUGACACUCACUAUGGCUGUGGAGCUGCCGGAUUCCUUCUCACCUGAGCUACGCUCUCUACUAGAGGGGCUGCUACAGAGAGAUGUCAACCGUCGCCUGGGUUGCAUGGGCCGUGGGGCACUUGAGGUAAAAGAGAGUUCCUUCUUCCAGGGUCUGGACUGGCAAAUGGUUUUCCUCCAGAAGUAUCCACCACCCUUGAUUCCACCACGUGGAGAGGUGAAUGCAGCAGAUGCUUUUGACAUUGGUUCUUUUGAUGAAGAGGACACCAAAGGAAUCAAGUUACUGGACAGUGACCAGGAGCUCUAUCGCAACUUUCCACUCACCAUCUCAGAGCGCUGGCAGCAGGAGGUGACAGAGACUGUAUUUGACACAGUCAAUGCUGAGACUGACAAGCUGGAGGCCCGCAAAAGAGCCAAGAACAAGCAGCUGGGCCAUGAGGAAGAUUAUGCUCUGGGCAAGGACUGCAUUAUGCACGGCUACAUGUCAAAGCUGGGGAAUCCCUUCCUUACUCAGUGGCAGAGGCGAUAUUUCUACCUCUUCCCGAAUCGGUUGGAGUGGCGUGGAGAGGGAGAAUCUCCGCAAUCCCUACUCACCAUGGAAGAGAUCCAGUCAGUAGAGGAGACGCAGAUAAAGGACCGAAAGUGUAUCCUGCUUAAGAUUCGAGGAGGCAAGCAGUUUGUCCUGCAGUGUGAUAGUGAUCCUGAGCUGGUGCAGUGGAGGAAGGAACUACGGGAUGCCUACCAGGAAGCUCAGCAGCUGCUGCAGAGGGUGCCCAAAAUGAAACACAAGCCACGCUCUCCAGUGGUGGAGCUAAGCAAGGUUCCACUGAUCCAACGCAGCAGCAGCAGCACUAAUGGCCUCUGACCCUCCUCGCCUUCCUCUCCCAUCCUUAAUUUAUUUGGCUGGAUUUGUCCACCAUGCCCACCCUCUUCUCCUGUCUCUUUUUGCUGAUUGUUGUGACGUCCACCCCAGCCCCCUGGGGUAUAGUGAGGGGGGUGGGGCAUCCAGAAGGUGUGGGACAGGUUUCCCCCCUCCUCCUAGUGCAUGGGAAUUGAUGCCCAUUUAAGGGGAAGAAGCCUGGUUGGUAAGGUGGGUAUGAGUCAACCUUUUCCCCACUGAGCAAGGCUUUGAUUUUAGAACCCUGCCUUGAAAUAGGACCAAUGCAAGGAGAUGUUCUGAGGUGUGUCAUGCAUCUUGAGCACUUCCUGCUUCCUCCUGGUAGUGCCAAACAUGUGCUAGUGCACAUAAGAGGGUUAUCACAGAGCAUGAUUGCUUAUUCCUUGCUCCCUUUGUGGUAUGUGAGAAAGCAUGUCUUCUGUGGUAAGUCCCUUAACACUAGUGGGGAUGAAGACAAAUCUGUAUGACAAUCUGAAUUACAACCCCUAUACAAUCCAGCACUCGCUCUGAUAGCAAUUCCACAGUAGAUCCUGAAGGAAGUGUGCUUUGGUUCUGGCAGGGAGAACUCCGGAGUGUUCUUUCCCUGCCAGCACCCUCAGUGAGCAUUGGUGACGCAGCCACUGUGCCGUAAGCAUGUCUUUCAAGACUGGCUUGAGUUUUUCCACUGGGGUUGCAUGAUAAGGAAUUGCCUUGAUACUGUUAUGCUCUAACAAAAAUUUAUAAUGUAAGUGAAGGCUUACUCCCAUUCCCUUUCCUUUUCUGUUCCUAAAUCCAGGACCUUAACCCUUACUUAUGACAACCUUUUUUUGUCCUGCUAGCUGCUGUCACAGUUCUGACAUUUCUGACCUAGGGUGGUGGCUGCUUGUGCAGCUGCCUUAGGAAUUGCAGUUACUUGCCUAUGCUGUCCUAGUACCCAACGCCUGAAUAGGCAUUGUGUCUACUGUGCCAAAUUUGAAGACAAUGUCAAUGUCCCUCCCAGUUGGCUCAGUAGAGUAUGUGUAAAGCAGUCCUCCCUGAGAUCCCAGGCCAGACCUGGACAAGUUUCCUGCAUUUGACUUGCCCAGUUUGUAUUGUUGCCUCUUACUCUUCUCUGGGGGGGGGGGGGGGGGGUAGGAUGAGAACUGCCUCUGCUCUGCUGCCCCUACUGCCAAAGCCCAUCAUGCGUUUCUGUGGAAAUUGGGAGGGAUGGACCAUGCCAAAAGAGAUUCUGAGUUGCCCGAGUCCUCUGUUCUGGGCCUCUUUGGGUUGGGGCUGGAGUGGGGGAUGCAGAAGCUGAAAAUUCAGCCUGGAUGGGGCCUUGUGCCAACUCCCAAGUAUCUGAAGGAUUCUGUAAAUAUCUCUGUGCCAAGGGGCCAGGCUGGGUUUGAAAAACUGGUCCCACUCGUCUCCUCCCUUCCAAUAUGCCUUGUAUGAACAGCACCACCCCACCACCUCCCCAGCAGUGUUAUGAUUUCUCCCACAGGAUGGCGAGAAAUCUCAGGUUGAAUUAAUCCAGUGCCCCCCCUCCUCCCUCCAUUUGCAGGGGUUGGGGUGGAUGGCUUUCGGUUGGGGAUCUGGUCUCGUCCCCAUGGUCUCAUGCCCCAAGCGCAUGCGAUUGCCUCUGCUGCAUGCCUCCCCCCAUGUGAUGAGUUUUGCCUGCUCAGCCACCUGACUCCUCCAUUCCUUCCAUGGUGAUGUGCCCUGGAAGGGGAGAGGUGGAAUGAAGCCCCUUUCCUUGCAGUGUUUGUAAAUAUUGAUCUCUGGUUUGUCUCUCUGGGUUAUUAUUAUGGAUUUUUUGCCGAUUUUUGAAUGUGAUUUUAAUGAGUGGGAUAAAGACUGUUUUUUAUAAUAAAAAAAUCCAAAACCCA